AGGUGCUUGUUUAAACAGCGCCUGUCCUAUACGGUUCACCAACUUUCAUUCACCAGCAAGCUUCAUCACCAUCCAGUCGAUGCAUGGAUACAGGUUGCAUGUAGCACAUCUGGCUCCUCCUUAUCCAAAGAUAGUUGCACGAUAGUGCCAUUUAAACAUUACUAUCGGUAUUCUUGAGUGAACCCUAGAUUCAGCAUGGUUUCAAGGAAGAGUCAACCUAUUUGCUAUACCUCCAUUCUAAUCGGAGUUGCCGUGGCGUCUGCGGUCACCAAAGGGGAUGGCGAUGGAAAAGAAAGAGAGGUUGCUCCAGACAACUGUUUGAUUUGGGGACCUGGCCUGACACCCAGAAUUGCUCUACCUGUUCGAUAUUUCUACAUUCAAGCUGUCGAUCAGUUUAAUCAGAAUUUCACGGAGUCGGUUGGAUCGCAGGCGUUUAAAUUCGACAUCAACUUGUCGGAUGGUAGUCGUUUACGGAGUGUUAGAGUGGAUGUUAUUGACAGACGGGAUGGAUCGUACAUCGCCAGAUUCCGUCUCCUCAAGGCGUCAGUGGAAAACGUCAUCAUCACCGUCUUGUACGACGGCAGGCAAGUCGCAGCAUCGCCUUAUAAAUUGAUGGGCCCGAUCUAUGAUGAGCAUUGCGACUGUCCACAACCGAACCUCCAGGAAUGGUUCUCCACUAUGAUGUGUCCAGCCACCUACAAGCAGCUGCAGCAGGAUCUCAGCAUCUUCCAAGACCCACUAGACUUUGAUAAGGUGGCAAAGGAAGCUGUGGAACGGUUUUCUGGCACCUUUAGCCACUACAAGAUCAUCGCUAACAAGAUAUACAGGAAGGAUUUCUUUGGUACAAGGCGCAUUACUGGAGUGUCGUUUAUAGACGAAAUUCUGCUGUCACUCGCACGUAAAGUAAAGCUGCCAGAUGUUGAAUUCAUCAUGAACCUAAGUGAUUGGCCUAAGGAGAAAAAGGAUAUUAAGGACGGACCCAUCCCUAUUGUCUCCUUUUGUGGAUCUGAUGACAGCAGAGAUAUAGUUCUACCGACCUAUGAAAUGGUUAAAUCUACUAUAUAUAUGUUAGAAAGACACAACACAGACCAAUUCUCUGUCCAAGGCAAGACUGGGCCAGUUUGGGAGGAAAAGACCAACUUGGCCUUUUGGAGAGGGAGGGACAGUCGACGGGAACGUCUGGACUUAGCUGUCAUGGCGCAGAAACAUCCAGAUGUCUUCAACGUGUCUCUGUCACGGAUGUCCUUCUUCCCGAAGGAUGAGAAGUACGGGAACAUAUCCAAACACGUCAACUUCUUUGACUUCUUUCAGCACAAGUACCAGAUCACAAUCGACGGCACUGUGGCCGCAUUCCGACUGCCUCUUCUUCUAGCCUCAGACUCUGUUGUCCUGAAACAGGACUCCACAUAUUACGAACACUUCUACCACGCCCUGGAGCCAUACGUUCACUAUAUACCCUUCAAGAGCGAUCUCAGUAACCUCUUAGAACAGAUCCAGUGGGCGAAGGACCACGAUGAAGAGGCCAAGGCUAUCGGGCGAAGGAGUCAGGACUUCGUGCUGGAGCACCUCACACCACGCCACCUGUACUGCUAUCACGUCAAGGUCUUGCAUGAACUUUCCAAACUGUUAAAGAAUAAACCGAAAUUGGAAGAGGGUUUCGCUUUAGUAACAUCCAAGGAUCCGAUUUCUAAGACCUGUGACUGCAAAGAGUUCGACCAGGCACAGGAACAGCCUCAUACAGAACUAUAGAGUGGGUCUCUGGGGCCCUCGAGAUGAAGUACGGGGCCCUCGAGAUGAAGUACGGGGCCCGCGAGAGGAAGUACGGGGCCCGCGAGAGGAAGUACGGGGCCCGCGAGAGGAAGUACGGGGCCCUAAGGGGCAACACUUUUAGUUAUGGUGUCUUUAGUUGCCGUAUACGAUGUCAUAUUAGGUUAGCAUAUAAAACAUUGGGCUCGGCGUCAGCGGUAUACGGUGUCAUAUUAGGCUGACGCAGAGCCUAAUAUUAUUUAUGCUAACCUAAUACGACACCGUAUACGACAACUAAAGACACCAUAACGAAUUUAUUAUGUCGAAAAGUUUACAUUCUCUGGUAUCCAUAUCGCACAUUUUGCCUUUUAUCAGAGAUUUCCUCAUCGGUGCUACCAUCAAAGCGUUUGACAGCAUUUGCUGAUGUCAAAGGGAGACCACUCUUCAAACCUUAGAGGCCAAACCUUGUUGAAAAUUUUAACUAUAAUCUAUAUCAAUAAAGUCACGAACGUGAUCUGAAAAAAGAUUAAUGUCCUUGCACAUCACAAUUAAUGAUAGUAAAAC